AUGAAGCUCACUUUCAAGGAUCUGAAGCAGGAGAAGUUUGUCAUCGAUGUCGAACCUUCUGAAACUGUUCGCGAGGUCAAGGUCAAAAUCGCCCAAGAGAAAGGCGAAUAUGAGGCAGAGCGCAUGAAGGUCAUCUACUCUGGAAAGAUCCUUCAGGAUGAUAAGACAGUCGAAUCUUACAACAUCCAAGAAAAGGACUUCCUAGUGUGCUUGCCUUCGAAGCAACCCAAGGCCGCCUCAUCUGCCGCUUCCUCCCAAGUUCCCUCGACCCCGGCUCCUCGAGCUCCUGUGUCAACGCCUGCUGCUCCCCCGGCUCCUCAUGCUGCCAUUGCUCCUCCCUCUUUUGCCGCCCCCGCGACACCUUCCCCGGCCGGUGCAGCUCCAGCUCCAGCGAGCGGUCCCGCUUUCGGAGACCCUUCCGCUCUCACCAUGGGCUCUGCCGCUGAGGGCGCAGUCGUCCAGAUGGAGGCAAUGGGAUUCACACGUACCGAUAUCGACCGUGCCAUGCGCGCCGCAUUCUAUAACCCCGAUCGUGCCAUCGAAUAUCUCCUAACCGGUAUUCCCGAAAACAUCCAGGAACAGCAACAACAACGACAAGCCUCAGAGCCAGCCCCUACCGGCGCUGCUCCUGCUGCCCCUGCUGCUCCUUCCAGUGAUGAGCCGCACCUCAACCUCUUCGAAGCUGCCGCUCAGGCCGGUGGUGAAGGUGGUGGCCGAGCUCGCGGUGCUGCUGGUGCCGGUGCCGCUGGUGGCGAAGCUCUCGGCAGCCUGGAGUUCCUCCGCAACAACCCCCAUUUCCAACAGCUUCGUCAGCUUGUCCAGCAGCAGCCUCAUAUGCUCGAGCCCAUCCUCCAACAGGUCGCCGCUGGGAAUCCUCAAAUUGCGUCAAUCAUCGGACAGAACUCCGAUCAAUUCCUGCAGCUUCUAGGUGAGGAACUCGAGGACGAGGAGGCUGCCUUGCCACCCGGCGCGCAGGCCAUUUCAGUUACGGAAGAAGAGCGCGAUGCUAUUGAACGUCUAUGCGGUCUGGGCUUCCCUCGCGACUCCGUCAUUCAGGCCUACUUCGCCUGCGACAAGAAUGAGGAUCUCGCCGCCAACUUCCUCUUCGACCAGCCUGACGAGGAUGAGCAGUAA